AUGGCUGCUACCACGAUCACUACCGCUACCACGACUACCACCAUGACUAUGAUUGCUAGCACUACCCCCACCACGUCCACUACCACCAGUGCACCAAUGACAGCUAAUAACCAAACAGAUUUCAGAUGCAGUGACGCUCAGUAUGGGACCGGCCGAGUAGGAGACCAAACAAGCAUUGAGUGUGAUAAAGGUCAAGCAGGGAAAAGGCUGGCGGAAUGUCAGAAAACGGGCGAGUGGAAACUGGUCGUAUACAGCUGCAUUGUAAUAGUAAUCAAUCAAUUACUGAUCGAGUCACAGACUUUGGUUGUGGAGGGAGUGCCAGAAUUUGUAGGGAAUCUAAGUAAAACUGUCCAGAAAGAAAGACAGGACAUUGAAAAUUCAACUGCAACCAUAUCAGCCAUCGUUGACAUCCUAAACACUGUUGCAGAAGUUUCAACUAAUGUCACUAAAACCAUCAUGCAGAAUAUCCUAGAGACUAUUGAUGUCAUCAUAGGUGAAGAAUCAAGAGAGUCUUGGGUAAUUUUGAAUGCAAAUGAAACCAGCAAUUCCAGCUCGAAAUUAUUGGGUUCGUUGGAGAGACUCUCCAGUGAUUUGGACGGAGAGUUUUCUGUGAGGACUCCAAGGAUCCUGCUAAACAGAACAAAGUUUGAUGACACCUUCAUGGCAUACCUGAACUCCAGCAUCGUCCUAAACAUUACACAAAACAGCAUGAGCAAUGUUUUUAUUACCACCAUCCUCCUCUCAACCCUUAAUAUUGUUAUGCCGACCCGAAACCCAACCUUUAACAUCAGCCCCUUCAAUACCACCAGUAAUGAAACUGCCAGUGAUAAUGCCAUCAAUGCAGCCGUGUUGCUUGUCAAAAUAAAUGCCACAGUUCAGAAUGUCCUUCUGAGCUACGACAAGCCGAACAGCUCCUUGACAAAUAACCCGCAGUGCGUCUUCUGGAACUUCACACUUUUUGAUAAUAUUGGUGCUUGGGAUGAUGAGGGAUGUACGUUUGUUUCCGACAUAAACAACAUAGUGACCUGCAGCUGUAACCACCUCACCUCCUUCUCAAUUCUGAUGGCAACGGACAUCCCUCCAUCUCUAAGAAAAGCCUUGGAUAUAAUCACUUAUGUUGGAGUUGGAAUAUCUCUGGCAAGCUUGGUUAUAUGUCUAGUUAUUGAAGGGUAUGUUUGGAAAGCCAUUACCAGGAAUAGCACUGCCUUCAUGCGUCACGUUUCCAUCGUAAAUACAGCCCUGUCUCUGUUGAUCGCUGAUAUCUGUUUCAUCAUUGGUGCCUCUGUAGCAAACAAUCCCCAAGGGGGGGACUACGAACUUCCUCUUGGACCAUGCAGCACUGCAACAUUUUUUAUGCAUUUUUUCUACCUUGCUCUAUUCUUUUGGAUGCUCGUGUCAGGCCUUUUGCUCUUUUACAGGACGGUCAUGGUCUUCUCGUACAUGUCCAAGUCAAUCAUGUUGGCCAUUGGUUUCUGUUUAGGAUACGGCUGUCCUCUGAUUAUAGCUGUUAUUACUGUUGCAGUCACAGCAACAGGGAAUGGAUACAUCAGGAAAUCCGAGGCUUGUUGGCUGAACUGGUUUGAGACAAAAGCCCUCCUGUCCAUGGUGAUACCGGCCUUGACCAUAGUUUUCAUCAAUAUUUUAAUUGUAAUUUGGGUCUUAUACAAAAUGCUGAAAAGAGGUGUGGGAGACGCUGCACAAUCAGAUGAAAAACACACCCUGGUGGUCAUAACAAGGUGUCUGGUCAUUUUGACUCCUUUAUUUGGAUUGACCUGGGGUCUGGCUGUGGGAACCAUGGUAUCAUCAACAAAUGAAGCAAUCCAUAUUGCCUUUGCAUUCUUCAAUUCACUACAGGGUUUCUUCAUUUUAUUGUUUGGGGUACUUCUCGAUUCAAAGACGCGAUCUCUCCUCGGAAGGAAAUCACCUCGAACAAGCACUGGCUCUAAUUCUACAAGGAGUACAGGUGCUGGCAUUUCCUCCUUGAGUGGAAACAAUUUUAUAGGCAGUAUACUUGGAAGAAGAUAUGUUUACCACGUUUCACAAACUACAAACCCAAACAGCAGUGGUGCAGCGGAGUCAUUUAGUAAUAUAUGAAUCAAUGGAACAAGCUGUAGAAGAAAGACACUGUGCUCCGGCAGGUGCGUCUGGACCCAUGCGACCUACAGCCCAUCUUUGAC